AUGGGAAGUUCUCCGAGUGCCCCAGCCUUCUCCAUCCCCGCGCGUACAGAGCAGAUGUUGCUGGCCAACUAUGAUCUCGGCGAGCGCGUGGUGCUCUCUGUUCCGUUGACGCUUCUCACGGUCGUGUCACUAUCGCUGGCUCGAAGAGCCUGGCGCCAGCGCCCUUUAUACAGUGUCCCCGGGCCACGACCGCAAUCAUUCCUCAUCGGCAACUUGAAGCAGUUCCUUGGACCGGCGUCCCUUCCCUUUCAGGAUGAAAUGGCACGGACAUACGGGCGUGUCUUCAGGUUGAACGGGCUUUUCGGGGAGCAACUUCUUGUAGUCUCGGAUCCCGCUGCGCUCCAGCACAUCGUGAGCAAGCAUGCUGAUAUAUUUCAACCUGCGCGAUACUGGCUCGAACUGGUACGAAUGUACUUCGGCCUCGGCCUAUUGUCGGUCACUGGAGAAACGCACCGGCGACAGCGCAAGUUGACGGCGCAGGUCUUCAGUACCGCCAACAUCAAGCGCAUGGUCCCGCUAUUCCACGCCGUGGCCCGCGAGCUGCGAAACGUUUUCUCAGCAGAUGCCGCCAAGUCCACCACCGGCGAGCUCGAUGUUCUCGAGUAUAUGUGCCGCGGAAGCCUGGAGUCUAUCGCCAGAGCCGGAUUUGGACAUACGUUCAACGCGCUGCACACUGGUGUGAGCGAGUUCGGGGACGCUAUCAGGAGGCUUGCACCUGCAGGCGCGAAGACUGCGAUGUACCGCCCGUUGCUACCCAUCUUGACAAGCAUCUUUUCGCCCCCUUUCCUCCGCCGCGCGGCGCUUGCGUUGCCUUGGCCCGCAUUACACGAGCAGAUUGAAAUAUCGGAUACGUUUGACAGGCAUGCGCGUGCGAUUUGGCAGGAGAAGCAGGUCCUGUAUGAGCAGGGGGACUCUCGCGUAGUGGAUGCCGACGGACUGGGACGGAACAUUCUCUCCAUACUUUUGAACGAGAACAGCAAGGCCUCGGCUCAAGAUAGGCUACCGGACGAUCAAUUAAUCGGGCAGAUUGUCGCGUUUUUCUUCGCAGGAACCGAUACCUCCUCAAACGCCCUUGCACGUAUCAUGCACACCCUCGCACUACAUCCGGACGUACAAGAUGAGCUCCGACGUGAACUGCUGCAGGCAGAGACGCAUUCUGACGGCCCCGAUGCCGAUGUACUCGAUCACCUACCAUUGCUGGAUGCAGUUAUCCGCGAGACGCUGAGGCUGCAUCCUCCAAUACGCUUCCUGCAGAGAGUGGCCAAUACCGACCACUCUUUGCCCUUAUCUUCACCGCAUCUGGAUGUCGACGGUGUCCCUCACUCACAUGUUUUUGUACCAGCCGGCACGACCUUAUUGAUAAGCAUAGCGGCUAUCAACCGGGAUCUUAGUAUAUGGGGACCGGACGCCGAGGAAUGGAAACCGGCGAGGUGGCUGACGCCUACGGCAUUUUCUGAAGCGCGUGUGCCAGGGGUUUUUGGUAAUAUUAUGUCUUUUUCUGGGGGCCCUCGUUCGUGUGUGGGAUAUAAGUUCUCGUUAUUAGAGAUGAAAGCUGUACUAUAUCAUUUUAUCACGUCUUUCCAGUUCACGCCAUCAAAGCGUAGAAUCGAUUGGGUGUUUGGGGGAAUAUCGACGCCAAGUCCGGAGGGAGGCAUUCCUGGAACCCCAGCUCUACCAUUACGUAUCUCACGACUGUCAUGA